AUGAAAAAGGUAAACCAUACAAGAAUGCAUACUCUAACUGAUGAACGAUUAUCGCCUCUAAAAUUUCCAUCAAUUCAAUAAAUAAAUAAGACAAUUUAAGGAGAAGAUGGUACAGUAAGUGAUUACAAAAAAUUAAUGAAAAGGUUUUUGAGAUGCGUUAAUUGAUGAGUAGAGCAAAUAUUGGCACGAGUAAUAGGACUAUGAGAACAUUACAGAAAAUAACAAAUGAAUAAAGUGAAAGAAAGGAUUUGUAAUUAUUAUAAUAGUGGAUAGAUGUAAUUUAUGUAUUAAUAGAUAAUAGUCAAUGGUUUAAUAGAUUUAGUAACAGAAUUUCUACUGUAUAACAGAGUUCUAUGAGAAGAUAGUGCUUAUAUAUUCUGGAUCAAUAGGGUAACUAUGUCAACAACUUUCAGUAAAAUGUAAUGACUAUUCUUAAUUAAUUGAUAAAAUAUGGACAUAAUUUACUGGGAUAGUGAAAGAGAUAAUAGACAAGUAAUCUAUAACUAAUAGAAAGUUGGAGAAGGAAUGUUUAACAAAUACGAUAAAGAUUCAUGAACGAUAUUAGAAUUAGAUGAGUGAGAAAUUAUAAAGAUUAAAUGAGGCUGAGAAAUAAUUGAAGAGAAAUAGUGAGUAUGGUGAGAAAAUGAAUAAGGAGAAUCGUUAUUUAAGAAAGAAGACUUGUAAAUUGUAGAGAGAAUUAAGUAGUUAGAAUAAUGAUAUAGAAUUGUUGAAAUUGUAAUUAUAGGAUUUAAGUAAAGAGAAUGAAACAUUAAAAUUGUUUUAAUAAGUGAGACAUUAGAAUGAGUAUGCUAUAGUUGAUUUUGAAGAAGAAUUAUAUAAAGCUAAGAAGGAGAUCUUUGAUGAUUUUAAGUUAGUAUUUGAAGAACAGACUAGAAAAUUUGAGGAAGCUUACCAAAACAAAAUGUAGAAUUUGGAGAGGGUUUCAGAUGAUAAAGCUGAGAAAGAUGAGAAUUUAAUAGAGGAAUAUGAAGAAAUCUUAUUUAAAGAUAAAUGUGUAGGAAAUAACGUUGAGUUCAGUGAGAUGGAAGUAGAUACAAGCGAGUAAUAUAUAAAAUAUAUAAAAGUUUGAUAAUAAAAUAAGAAAUGUUUACUUAGACUAUGAAUUAAAAGAGAAGAACAUAUGAUAUUGCAAAUUAAACUAUGGCAAUUUAGAGUAAUAAUUAAGCUUGUGAAGCUAAUUAUGCUGUAAUAAAGAGGGAAUGUAUACCUAGGAAUCAAGAAGAAUAAACAUAUUUGGAGAUGUCUAAAUUUCCAAUUAAAGCAUUUAUUGAUGAUUACUAUUAAUUGUAUAUUGAACGAGUGGAGAUUGAGAAAAAGACAUUUCCUAAUGUAUUGGAAAGUAUCUUAGAAAAAUUGAAAUCUCGAUCUCUAUAAAUAUUUAAGAUUAUGUCAAUGAAGGAGGAGUUUUUCUAAGAAGAUUUUCGUGAAGUUGAUAAGUAUUUUCAGAAUUCAUAUUCAGUCUUUUUAAUUUUGGUUAAUGAUUUUUAGGAUAUUAUUAAAAAAUUAAAGGAAGAAUUAAUAUUUCGAAAAAUAUAAAUCUAUGAAACUUAGAUAGAUUGUAAAUAAGCAAAUAGAUAGAAAAUAUAAACCUAAAAGAAAUUUGAUCUUUUAGCAGCUAAAUUUUAAUAAUAAGUAAAACAUUCUAAUUUUAUAACUAAAUAACUCAAAUCAGUAUCUCGAUUCUUACCUUAAUAUUAAUAAGAUCAAAUUAGAAGAAAGGCAAUUCGUCAUAAAAUUAAUUUUGAAUUCCCAAAAGGUAUAUCACCAACUCCGAUGUUGAUAAGUACAAAUAAUUUGAAUCCACCAAUUCCUUAAAAUUUUAAUAAUAGUUCUGCAUCACUUUUAUAACCACUCUCCUCAUAACCAACAUUAUAGAUAAAUCCUAAAAAUUCUAUUGGAUUCUUUCCACCAAUGACACCACUUGAACCAUUUCAAGAUAGUAGUCUCCCUUAACGAAUUUCAAUGGCAGAAUUAAGUUGUGAUUCUCCUGAUCCAGAAGCUAUGUCACCAUCUAAACCUAUUGUAGCACUUAAUUGUAUAAUUAUGAUUAUAUUUAUAAAUAGUUUUUUAAGAUAAUAAAUUUGAAGAUUCAUAAACAUCAUCUGAAGAUGAAGUUGAUUUAUCUGAAUGUUUGAAUCCAAUCAAGAAUUUAUUAUCUAUUGAAAAAAAACUAUUUGUGAGUAGAUGUACUAGUAAGAAUACUUAAUUAGCCACAUAAACCUUAAUUCAAGAGAUAUAAUAAUUUAGACGUGAUAAAAUAGAUAAUGUCGUCACAUAAAACACAUUAAUCAAAAUCUUAUCCAAUUUCAUAUAAUGGUGUUUGAAAUUCAAUAAAUUCAAUUAUCCAUUACAUGUUUAAUUAUAUGAAUACUUUUCAACUGAAAAUUAAUCUCAACCUUAAAAUGUAUGGUUAGGAAAAAUGGCCAGAGUCAUUAAAUCACUCAUAUAUUAUAAGAGGAAGAAUGACACUGCCAAAUUAUUUCAUUCCAUGUUGAUUGGGGAUGUAUUAUUAAUAAUUUAAUCUAGUUAAGUUUUUAAAUCUAUUUAUAAAUUUUGAGUAGCUUACAAUCUGUCAAUUUCACAGAAACUGGGAUUUAAGUCAUUUAAUCAUAACUUGCAGAUCAAAUCAAAAAUAUCCAGAAUAUUCAGAAAUCAUCUCAAUAUGUAGAUUAUGAUGCUGAAAUAUCACAUCAUUUGGGACCAAUCUAAGAUACCAAAAUACAAGAACUAUUAUAUAAAUAUUCUAUGAUUCUAUAAAUCUUUGCUGAAGAUGGAGAACGCUUAACUCUGUAUCAAUUUAGAUUACUCAUGCUUGAAAUAGAAAAUAAAAAAGAAGAAUAAUAUAUCAUUAAUAUGUUUAAUAAUGAAUGUGAUAUAGAACAAUAAUAAGUUCAGUACAUUUCGUUUUAGAGAUUUGUCAUUAUAUGUGAAGAACUAUAACUCUUAUAAGGUUUAGAAGAAUAUUUGGCAAAAAAUGAUGUUUAGUAUUUUAAAGAAAUUGAACUUUGGAAACUAAGAGAAAUCGAUUUAAAGUUGAUGCUCAUUCGCAGCCAUAAUUAUGAUGCAUCUGAAAGAGAUUUAUUUACAAGAAUGUAUAAGUUGCAUCAACCACAAUAAAGAAUCAUUUUGGGAAGAUUCUUAGAGAGAAGAGCUAAAGAAUUACUCUUAUAACGCUAUACUUUGGAAUGUUUGGCACCAUUUAUGCAACUUUUCGAAUAAUGA